GAUAUUUAUCAAAUAUCACAUUUUAAAUUAGCUUUAAAUGUCUUUUGAAUUAUUAUUUUUAUAAAUAUAGCCAAUCAGUUGUAUGAUUACAUUCAUGUUCAUUCAUGAGUUAUUCAUUUUAAAUACAGAUAUUCAAAUAUCUUUUUGCCGCGAAUUAAAAUGUUUGAUCAUUGAACGUCGUCAAGCUCUACUUUAAUGCGGUCUGUCUGAUAAUGUGUAUUUGUUAUUUGAAUUUUCAGAAAUGCACGGAGCAAAAAAUGGGCAACCCAAUGACUACUAGAUCUACGGACAGCCAGGAACCAGGACAAACAACAUCCAUACACACGGAAGAAGUCAAUGAGACGAAAUGCACGGAACAAAAAAAGGGCAACACAAUGACUACUAGACCUACGGACAGCCAGAAACCAGGACAAACAACAUCCGUACACACGGAAGAAGUCAAUGAGACGAAAUGCACGAAACAAAAAAAGGGCAACACAGUGACUACUAUAUCUACGGACAGCCAGGAACCAGGACAAACAACAUCCGUACACACGGAAGAAGUCGAUGAGACGAGUACCGAAACUAAAGAACAUAGCGACACUGCACAAGAGUACAAUUUACAAGAUGCAGCAGAAAAUAUGUUGAACAGUGAAUCAUCGGUUAUCGAUGAUAGUGACACUGACAAAGAUUAUAUUCCGGAAGAAGGCGAUGCUUCGUCAGAUGAGUCGGUAGCUGUUGACCCAAUACCAAACAUUCAAAGAUUCCUAAAGACGACAGCGUCAACACUACCUCCUGUUGAAUCCGUGCAAUCUCGGGAACGUGACGAAUCAUCUGCAGAGGCACACAAAAACAACAUCACCAUCGCUCAAACAAAUAACAGUGAAUACAGACAUUACGAUAAGAGAUUUUAUUGCAUGUUUUGCGAAAAGGCUCAAACAAAACUAAAAAAACAUUUGCUUUCGCAGCAUAAAGAUAAGCAAGAUGUGAAAGAUCUAUUAAAUACGGAAAAUUCAGCAGAAAAUAAAAAAAAUGAAUGAAAAAAUAAGGAACGUUGGGAACCAUCUCCAUAAUGUUAAAGUAUUGCGAGAUGGCCGAGGACAGCUGUUUGUGUCAUACAGACAACGUCACAAUCAACGCGUAGCUGCAGACAAGUAUGAACCUUGUCCUUACUGUUACGGGUAUUACCCGAAGAAAAUCCUGUGGAGGCACAAUAAAAAAUGUAAGUUUGCAAAUGCAGCGGGAUCAAGAAAACGACUCGCUUUAGAGAGCAGCCUGCUAUUACCAAAAUCA